AUGGCUACUUCAAUUUCUGCAACAGGGUGUGUUGGUUCCUCAUUCUAUGGAAGUUGGGGAAGUUCUAUAGUUGGUGAGGAUUAUACUAUGUUGGCUAAGUCAGUUUCAUCACAAGUUCGAAUUGGAAGAGGUUGUAAGCCAGUGAGGUUGCAACCUAUGAUGAAGAAUGUCAAUGAAGGGAAAGGUGUGUUUGCUCCACUUGUUAUUGUUACUCGUAAUAUUGUUGGAAAGAAACGUUUCAAUCAGCUUAGAGGCAAAGCCAUUGCUUUACACUCUCAGGUAAUAACAGAAUUCUGCAAAUCAAUAGGAGCAGAUGCAAAACAGAGACAAGGUUUGAUCAGGUUGGCUAAGAAGAAUGGAGAAUGGCUUGGUUUUCUUGCAUGA